GGGGGCCUGGCAUUGAUCCCUUUGGCGCAACUAGAGGGAGCCUUCGAAUCACCUGUGUACAAUUCCAACUGGGGCUCAUUUGGACCAAUUUCCCCAUUAGCACUUUGUCAAACAGCAAGUGCCGGAAUUCACACAUUCUUCAAAUCGAAAUGGCCGACAUCUGGUUGAAUUUCCUGCAUUAGUCAUAAAGCAGCGGCAAGCUUCUUUUAAAAUGAUGUCACAGAGAAUUCAUGGAAUAGGUCGUCGAGAGAUCUCUGGCUUUCGAGACGGGAGUUUCAGAGCGCGAAGCAUGGGAGCGUAGGUCAUGGAUGUCAGAAGAGCUCAAAGGCAACUUCUGGUCCUUCACAACACUGCGGUCGUCAGCUGUCUUCAGCGGACGCGGUGUACUUGCCACCUCUAAGUCUGCCGCAGUCUCCCACUGCUUCAAAUACUUGGGGUCAACAAUCCAGAGGAAUGAUGGACGGAGACACAAAAGAAAUUGUGAUGCCGAUGACAGAUAUCUCCCCAAAUUCUCAGUGUGGUUCCACAGAAAACCAAUUCAAGUUUCUAUUCAGCAGGGCUCGAGGCUUCAGGCGCUACGAUCGAGGGGGCCGGCGAAGUCGAGGCGGCAGUCGGGGCCUCGGGAGGGUGCAAACAAAGGAUGAAGAAAUGAAUGGACUCCCCCCCACGGGAGAAAUGGGAACUAUGCGACUUUACCCUGAUCCUCGUGGUUAUCGAGGUAGCGAUGGACAGAUGGGGAUGGGCCCGCCACCCCCUCCCAUGCAGCUCAGGGGGCACUACCCACAAGUGCCCAGGCACGGACCCCCUCCGCCACCUCCACCAGGUUUUAGAGGGCAAACCCCGCAUCCGCAAGGCCGCGGGAUCCUGGGCCCCGGCCCGCAGAGUUGUUUCCGCAUCAGACCUCCGAGAGGCUGCCGGAACGGACCAGUAUCAUCUCCUCCUCCGAGUCGCCCACCACAUGGCCGAGGAUAUCGGUGGCUGCAGCCCCGGGGUGGCCGCCACUUUUAAUAUCCUCCCUUUGAUGUUUUUUUUCCAUUAUUAUUAUUUUUUUAAGGCAGCAUGGCAGCUCAUUUAGUAAAGCGUUGGCCUCACA